AUAUAGACGAAUCAGUCAAAUGGGCUGGACAGGUAUCAAAUUAUAGUACAUUCAAUUUUGAAUCAUAUCUGGGCAAGUAUACAAGUGUCAUAUUUUCAUAUAAUGGAGUACGAUUACCUGAUUUAGGUCUUAUAACAGGAACAAUCAAAUCGACGAAAAAUCACGCAUUAGAAAUUGAAACAACUUUGAAUUUAUUAAGAAAAGCAUGUUUUUUAACUGAGGAGAAAGAUUAUCAUCGAAAAUUAAAAAAUGUAUUAAAUUUACUCACAUCGACGAAGGCAGUUGGAAAAACAAAACAAAUUAGUCCCAAAAAUCAUCUUCGUGUUCUACAUCUUGCAAAAUUAAUGCCGGAGCAUUUAGAAAUUUUACAAAGAGACCUGAACAAUCAAAGUCUGAAAUUGUUUCACGUUCUUUACCUUAGUUCCACCAGAUUCACUACAACAUUUAAAUCAAAAAAAUUUAAGGCCGAUGAUUCAUUAAUUUUAUUUAAACAACAUGGCACAGCGCACAUUGGUUUGAUAUUGGCUAUUAUUCAGAUAGAUGAUUCUUUUAUUCUCAAAGUAAAAAGAGCCAGAAUUCAAAAAAAAUUAGAAAUCAUUAUUGAUCAAGAGCAUUUUGGUACAUGGAAUGUUACAUUUGGUAACUUUCAAAACCCGCCAUGUUCUUUUAUUACACCCAAUGACAUCGUAGAAAAACUUGCAUACUUCAAAAACGAUGAAAAUAGUUACGUUUUCUACCGCUUUCCUACUUUAUGUGAAUCUAGUUAA